UUUACGCGAACAUGGUCGGUGAUUGUCACCGUUGUUAGUGAGGUUAUACGAGUCGUCCCUCGCGAAUUUGCCUAUUUACGAGACGACUCGCUCGAGUUGCCGCGCGGAAACGCGCACGGGAGGAACUAAGCGAGCGAGCGCAAGCGAGGUGGCGCGAUGACAGAUUUGUUCGACAUCACGAACCUGAUCACGACCGUCGGCGUCGACGGCGUGAAGAUCAAGCAGGAGCCCGGGCUGCCGGAGAAGUCGUCCAACGAGAUCCUGACGGAGCUCUUCAGCACCUUCGAACACGCGCCGACGGACGACGGCGGCGCGGCCUCGCCGCCGAACAGCGGCCAGCAGCUGGUGCCGAACGGCGGCGUCGACGAGACGGCCGCCAAGCCACCGGACGAACAUCAAACGAAGAGGAAGAAAAGCAAGAAGAAACGCAAACAUAAGGAGAAGAAGCACAAGAAGAAGUCGCGGCACGACUCCUCGGAUGGCAAUAGCGACGCAGAGGGUGUCAAGAAAAAGAAGAGGCACAAGAAGAAGGCCAAGCGGAGGCGCGAGUCCGUUUCCAGCAGGUCGUCCGAUGUGGGUCACGGUAAAGCCAAGGUGGCGAGGACGGACGACGACAAGGAUGUUGAAAGUGCCCAACGUGACGCUAAAUUAAAUCUUGACUCAUUAGAAAAAUCUAAAUGUAUGAACGACGGGACGAAGCCAGAUGAUCAGUAUACAGAGAAAGAUUUGGAUGUGACGGACAAACUGUUAGAUAAUUCUGGUAGUCCUCAAUUACCGCCUAUAUCGAGGAAGAUGGACGAUGAAUCUGACGAGCCAGUGAUACCUAAACUUUUUGAACCAAAGCAGCCUUCCCAAGGGAAAAUAUUGAUAAAGGAUCUCAAGAACAGUACCGUUUACAGUGAAACGGUGAAAGCGAUAGAAAAUAAGCAGAAGGCAAAAGCCGCGGGAAUGGAAGACGGCGAGCUCUCUGACAGCAGUAGCAACAGUAAUAGGACGCCUACUUUGAGUCCUACUCCACCUCGAAAUCGAUCAUCGUCGUUCAGCCCGAGCAGAGAUAAAGCAAGAAGCAAAAUGUUCAGUUCAACAAAAGGCCAUUCCAAAACUGAUCUUAGAUUAGUCUUGAAAGAGAAGGAAAGAAAAAGGUUUGAAAAAAAUUGUAGAAACGGUAAAGAUUUGCAUAGGUAGCGAUCACAUAAGGAACUUCAAUUGCAGAGCACGAGAGAUAAGGACAGAUCACAAUCGCGCACUCGAUACAGCUCGCGUAGCGGUAGGGGAGAGAAGCAUAGGGGCAGGAGCAGGGAGAGACACGAAAGGGACAGGAGCGGUGACAGACGAGACUCGGGUAGAAGCAGAGAGAGGCACAGAUACAGAAGCCACAGUGAAAAUAAAGACAAGCAUACGCGAGGCCGAAGCGUGAGCAGGGAGAGAAAGGAGAGAAUAGAGAUUAACAAGAAGAAGCUUUUAGAAAUCGCAAGGAGAAAUGUUAUAAGCAUGAUAAAACAAGGAACUCUGUCGGUAGCCCAGCAAGACAAAGCUAUCGCUGCCAUACAAUCCGGUGGGAAAACAGUAGACGAGCUUACAGAUUUUUGCAAAUCAUUAUCGAAAUCUGAAGCGUUAGGUGAAUUAUCUAGUAUCUCUUCUGAAGAUGAAAGUGAAUCCGAGAAGGGAUUUCAUCAUCCUUUUCUCUUAAAGGAAAGACCUAGUUCUAUUAUAAUGAAUAUUAAGGAUGCAAAGCAGCUGCCAACAAAAACGUUUCAAGAAAAAACAGCUGAAACGUCAAAUCAACUACGGUUGCAGUUUCCUGUCUCCAGUGGACAGCAUCAUAGAAGAAGCGAAAACGAAUGGGUACCUGUUACGCCAAAGAAACCAGAACCAAAAAAGAUAUUUGUACCGCCUUCUUCAAAUUAUGCUACAACUACACCAGCGGCUAUAAUGCCACCACCACCACCACCACCUGUGCAACCUGCGCAACCUGCGCAAAUUGCGCAAACCGUUUUCCCCACAACGACGGAGACUAUGGAUAUUGGCUCCAUAGUGUCUGAGAGAUUAGCAGCUAUAAGAAAAUUAAGGGAGAAUCCAAAUGACGUAAGCGCUUUGAAUGCAAUGCAUCGGGCACAAAACGAGAUGAGAACUUGGGCUGAAAGUAAGCAGAUACCAGGUCAGUUUACUGGUAGUACGGGAGUUAAAGUGCUUACACCUGCAGAAUUAUCUUCAGGUUAUCAGGCCUGGGCACGUAAGGAUCAAUUAGUAUCGGCACAGCCUGUAUCGGGUGGAAUGGGUAUGGCGUUACUACAGAAGAUGGGUUGGCGACCUGGCGAGGGUCUAGGCAAGAAUAAAGAAGGAGCCUUGGAACCGUUGCAACUAGAAGUUAAACUGGACAAGAAAGGAUUGAUUUCUGAUCAGGACAUCGUGCAAAAGGCUAGCAAAGCUGUAAAGCCUAUGGUGCCAACAGUUAAAACACUGGAAGGCAAACAUCCAGUGUCGCUUUUAGGGGAAUAUUGCACAAAGAAGAAGCUUGGAGCACCAGUUUACGAAUUGUGCUUCGAAUCUGGACCAGAUCACAGAAAGAAUUUUCUCUUCAAAGUGAAGGUAAACAGCAUUGAAUACAAACCGAGUGUUGCAAGUUCAAACAAAAAACAGGCGAAGGCAGAAGCAGCGCAAAUAUGUCUACAGAGCUUAGGCUUAUUGCCUUCUUAGUUGAACCAACGUAAUCGAGGAGCUUGUAGAUUUCCGUCGCAGUAACAGUACACAUUUCCCUCGGAAAUAAUAAGUGAUGCCAUACAAGUAACUUUAUGUACCAGUGAUAUCGUGCGAAAAAUUAAUAAGUGACUGGCGUUGCCAAGUUCUUGUAAUUAAUCAUCGGAGCUAAUUUAAAUUGGUGCAAUAGAAUAUACAAUAAGUAACUAUAUAUUUCACAAAUUUAUUUGCAACAGCAGAAAGAUGUAUAGAGUUGCUCUAUUAGAAUAUUUCACCAGUUUAAAUGUUAAAGUAUACUUUGACGGACCUUCUUAGGCCCGGUUUCACAAUUCGCGGUUAACUCGAUUUAAUCGAAGUUCAAUUCGCUUUAGUUUUUUUAAAUCUAAAAUUCCCGCGUUUCUGUUCCAUCUGUUUUGAUUGCCUUACAUGGAGGAGCACAUUUUGAGCGUUAUUCGCAAUUUCCGUGCUUCAUGUAUGACUGGCACCAUUAGAAAAAGAUAAGUUAAACCGAGAUUAAAAUUAAUUUUACAUUUGUGGAACCAGGCCUUAAAAGUCUAGAAAGUUAAGUAAUCUUUAUGUUUAACUUAUUUUUACAUUUGUUUUUUUUUUUUAUUGUAAAUACUAUACAACAGAAAAGAGCUUGGAUGAAAGAGCUAGCAGCCUCAAAUAAAGACGUUAAUUUACAUAA